CGGCCCAAAGGCUUAAGUUUCGAUUCUCCGCGCCCCGCUGUCCCGCGCGCGGGCCGGGCCAGAGCGACGCGCCAUGGCGGACCCGGAGGUGUGCUGCUACAUCACCAAAAUCCUGUGCGCCCAUGGGGGUCGCAUGGCGCUGGACGAGCUCCUCGAAAAGAUCGCGCUCCCCGAGGCGCAGCUCUGCGAGGUGCUGGAGGCGGCGGGGCCCCACCGCUUCGUGAUGCUGGAGACGGGCGGCCGGGCCGGGGUCACCCGGUCCGUGGUGGCCAACACUGGAGUCCGGAUCUGCCGUCGGAAGGUGUGCCAGACGCUCUGCGAAAACCUGCACCUCUGCAAGCUCAACCUGUUGGGCCGGUGCCACUAUUCGGAGCGAAAUUUAUGCAAAUAUUCUCAUGACAUUCUCUCAGAAAAGAACUUAAAAAUCCUGAAAGAUCAUGAGCUCGUUGGACUUAACAAAGAGGAAUUAGCAGUGCUUCUCGUCCAAAGUGACCCUUUCUUUAUGCCUGAGAUAUGCAAAAGUUAUAAAGGAGAAGGCCGAAGACAGAUCUGUGCCCAGCAGCCACCCUGUGAAAGGCUCCACAUCUGUGAACACUUCACUCGAGGCAACUGUGGUUUCCCCAACUGCCUCAGGUCCCAUAACCUGAUGGACAGAAGGGUGCUGGACAUCAUGCGGGAACAUGGCCUGAAUCCGGAAGUGGUCCAGAACAUCCAGGACAUUUGCAACAGCAAGCACCUCCGCAGGAAGCCCUCGGGCUGGAGAGCUCCUCCCUCACACCCCAGAGGUGUGGCGUCUCGAGGCAGAAACAGGAGCCGAAACCCGCCAUUUCACAGAAGUCAAGAAUUCUUUCCAUCGACCUCAACUUCUGCUCAGAGGUCCAGGGCAUCCAGUCCAGAACAGAGUGACCGCAGCUCUCCCCUGGAUGAUGUGUCCGUGGAGGACCUCGCCCACCAGUUUGUGCAUCUGAAGAGCAAUGAUUCGGCCUCCAUUUCGUCAGAGCCAGCCAGUCCUGUAAGAAAAAGUCAAGCGGAAGAAAGUCAGAGAUUGUCAGAGAAUGGCAAAUCAGAGAAUGUCUUUUCUGGAAAUGCAAAAAACGCUUAUCAAGAGUUGUCUAGCCCAACCCCGGCUUCCAACUGGAAGUGCCUCCCCUCCUGGCCGAAUGGCCAAGGCACAGGGAGAGAGGCUUCAUUUCCUCCAAGCCAGGCAGCCUUCAGCGCUUCUGGUUCUCCACAAACACCUGCAGCCGGACCCAUCCAGAAGAGCAUGUCCCGGGAGCAUGAGGGCACAAGAGGGAAUCCAGAGAGCCAGAACUUCUCUCUGUUCAAUGAUGCCCAGGAGGAAAUGGCCACAAAGAGAAUUUCCACAGGAUCUUUAAAUUACCGAGACAAAAUCAUUAACAAGACAAUAAAAGCCUGGACUCAGAGUACUGAGAUCACUGGCAGAAUCCCAGAUGACACCGACCCACCAGCAGUGGCGUUCGUGAACAGGCAACCUGGCGCGGAGACACUUGGCGUUAGUAGGUCUGUCCACAACGGCUCUAGGAAAGUUACGGAGGAAGCUUCUUGCGGAGAUAAAUCCGAUGCUUUUGGCUUAUUCUCAGCAACCAGAGUGGAUAAAGAUGCGGUACACUUUGGCAGCCAGAACCUGGGAACCCCGGUUCAGCCCACAGCACCACCUUUGAGCUACAGAGAUUCUAUAGAUGACGUUAGAAGUGCCGCAUCUUCCAGGAUGGACGAUCGUGGCACAAAGGAAAUUUGCCUUGACCAUCUGUACAAGGGUUGUCAACUUCAAAGUUGCAAGAAUGUUCACUUCCACCUGCCCUACCUGUGGCAGAGUUUCACCGGUGGCACCUGGACCAACCUCCAGCCCAUGGAGACUAUUGAGAAGGCUUACUGUGAUCCCCAAAUCAUCGUAUUUGCUCUUGAAAAUUUUACCAUCAAUUUUGAGAAAAUGACUUGUAAUUUUAAUCCCAUGCGACGUAUCUCCACGCCUUCAUCUGUCACACCAGUCACAAAUUCUGUCUUCACCACAAAGUGGAUCUGGUACUGGAGGAGUGAUUCUGGCAAAUGUGUUGAAUAUGGGGCGGAAAGCAUUCAUCCAGUUGCAGACGUGGAGUCUUCAUACCUGGAGUCUUUGUUUCUGACCUGUCCCAGGGGAGUUGUGCCUUUUCAGGCAGGUUCCAGCACCUAUGAACUGAGCUUCCAAGGGAUGAUUCAGACAAACACAGCUUCCAGGACCCAAAGGGUGGUCAUCAGAAGACCCACAUUUGUGUCUCACUCGGAUGUGGAGCAGAUUAAACGUAGAUCAGACCAUUUUCAAGCGAACAUCCAAUCAGAUCCUCUUCCUCAGAGGAGCACAGGCCUCCCGAAGACCCAAUCAGAGCCUUUUCCUCAACCAGAGCCUUUUCCUCAACCAGAGUCUUUUCCUCAAUCAGAGCCUUUUCCUCAGAGAAGCAUGGGCCUCCCGCCCUCCAGCGGAUUUGAGUUAUUAGAGGUCAGUAACCUGACUUCAGAAUAUGCCAGAAUAAGUGAGCAUUUUAAAGCUUCCAUGAAAAACUUCAAGAUUGAGAAGAUAAAGAAGAUCCAAAACAGGAAGCUUUUAAAUUCAUUUGAAAGGAAAAAAAUGAACAUGUUGAAGAAGGAUGAAGAAAUCCUAUUUUAUGCAGCAAGCCGCGCCCAUGUAGCAACAAUCUGUGCGGAUAAUUUUGACUAUACCUUACAUGGAAUUUAUGAGACCAAAUAUGGAAGAGGGACUUACUUCACAAAAGAUGCCAUCUCUUCCCAUAAGAAUUACCCGUUUGAACCCAAGCACGCCGUCAUGUUUGUAGCCCGAGUCUUGGUUGGAAAUUUCACUGAAGGAAAUAAGGGGUACACGACGUGUCCUCUCCACUAUGACAGCUGUGUGGAUACGAGGGUGAAUCCCUCCACUUUUGUCAUCUUUGAGAAAGAUCAGAUUUACCCACAGUAUGUGAUCGAAUAUUCUGAAAUAGACAAAGGCUGCAUAAUUAGUUAGAAACGCUCAGUACAGUGACCUACAGGAAACCAUGGCUGUUGUGUUCAAUACGCCAGAUUGCGGUUAAACCUUUCUAUUUCUUCGCCAAGAGAUCAACUUCCUUCCAUCAGUGGUUCCCAGACUUCGCUGCAUGUUUAGAUCAUAUAGGAAACUUUUCAAAAUUCUGGUGUCCAGCUUGCACCUCCAAAUAGUGAUUUAUUUCUAAGUUUAGAAAUUUUUACUUCUGGAGUAUGAUUUUUUUUUUUUUUAAACAACUCCCUGAAGAAUCAAGUGUGUCCUAAAGUUUGGGAACCACUGUCACAAGUGGAAGUGAUUUCUAAAGCUCUCUAAGGGAACCAUGUUUCCUUUACAACCACUUUCUAGUUUUUAAUGUGGCGUGGUUUUGUUUGGGUUAAAUGGAAAGAAAAUUAAUUCAGGAGAAAUCUAAAAAUGCUUUCUGAAAUAAGGACCUAAGAGAGCAUAGUCUUAGAUGGAAGACUGUGAAACAUUGGGGGGGGGCGGGGUAUUUAGGAAAGUAAAGGUAAUUUGAAUGGUAUUACAGACCUAGUGAUAAGGUUAUACUUUACCUUUGUGGUGAAACUGAUUUAGGGCACAGUUCCCUACAUGAGGGGGCUCCAUCUAGGAGGGCUUUCUGGAAUGCAAUUGUGCAGAGCCACUAGGUGUGGCUCAGGGAGAAGCAACCACAUGGAGUUAACGGCCCGUUUAUUUAGCUGUGUUGGCAGUGGCAAUAUGCAGUUGCUGUUACCAACACCAGUAUACAGUGGUGGCAGUGGACACAUUGUCAUUAAUAUGAUUGCAGGGCAGGUUUUUUUCAGGUGCAUCUUUCUUGAUGUGUCUAUAUCUAGUGGUGGAGGGGGGCACUGAGUUACAGUAACCAGAUUCACACAAGUAUGACUAAUAAACCUGAGCGCUGUAGCCAUUUGCUGUAGUAGAUAAGGCUCACCUAGGAGUUAGAAGCUGGGCCACCCCUAUUGAAGGCUGGGCCCCUAAGGAGGCAAGAUUAGUUUCCUGGUGAGCACUGAAUCAGAAGAGAACGCCUCGAGCAGUCCUCAUGCCUGCAAGGGGCUUCUUUUUCUAAAUAUAGCAGAUUGUAGGUAUAGUCUGUAGGACAGUUGAGGUGUCUGACAAGAGUUCGUUCCUUGGUAUAAUCAGGUUUUCCUUUUUUUUUUUUUUUUUUUGUGGGACCCUCGCCAGCGGCAGGGGUCAGAACCGGCGCUGCAGAGGCUGCGGGCAGCCUCGAAGCCCAGCGCUCAACCGCUGCAUCACCAGCGGAGGCCCAAGGUUUUCCUUUUUUUUAAUUCCAAACCAGUCCCACGGAGUUCCUGUAAUAGUUCCUCUUAGCAGACAUGCUCCCCCAACCAAUCAGCGUUAGCGAUGAUGCCAUAUUAGUCAGAUUUUAUAUCCAUACAAAGAUCCCCACCCCUCCUUGGCUUGGAGGGCUCCACCAUUAACAAACAUGGAGGGGCUUUUAGAGUCAGAUUAUGCUCUGGGAUGCUUGCCACAACAAUUUUCUCUCAUUCACUCCUUUUUCUUCGUGGUAGCUUCCGUUUUGGAGUUUUUAUUCCCUGAUCUUUCUCAUUAGAGAGAGAAAUGUGUCCAGCUUGCUCUUUCUGACUCAUCUCUAGCUGGACAUUGCACAACUAGAAUGUCCACAAUGGAGCUCUUGAUCUGCCUCCCGGGAAGGAAUCCGCUGUCCCCCAGAUCCUACCUAUAGUAAGUGGUGUCCCCAUCCAUACAUCUGUUCGAGCAGAAAUCCCAAGUCAUCUUGACUCCUCUCGCGCCCCACAUAUCUGAGCGGUUCCUACGUCCAGUUUUUCUUCUUUGUUUUUUCCCUUCUGAGUUAUUCUUUGCUUAGCAGCCAGAUGGUUAUAUUUUUUAACUUUUUACUUAAUUUUCAAACACACAUCUGAUCAUGCCUUUAGAAUAAAUUUCAGCUUCAUUAUUAUGGCCCCACACAAGCCACCAUAAUUUCUGCUCAGUUCUUCGGUUCCCUUUUCAUCUAGCCCAGUGGUUCUCACCCCCCGCCCUUUUUAAUGAAAAAUGCUUUGUAACAUCUACCUUAGUGUACUCAAAAUGCAAUUCAGUGGUAAUAUACUCGACUACAUACAUUUUUAGAAAGAAAAUUAACAUAAAAGGGAAAUAUAAGCUAUAUAACAUGGGCCCUAUUAUAUGAGAAGCCCUAAUUAAGUAAUCAGAUUUUUCCAUCUACUUAAAAUGAGUACAUAUGAACUUAAGGUAGAGAUCAGAACUAUUUUGUUCAAAGAACUACGGGAAAAUGAAAAAGCAGGGAUAUGAGUGGACAUUAAAAUAGAAACUAGUGAUACAGUAACUUACAUAUAGUGUUUCUUUUUUUAAAGAUUUAUUUUUUAUUUAUUUAUGCAUAUAAGAAUUGGGGUCUAGGCCAGAGGUUUGGGGGUGGUGGUAAGAGGAUUCACCAGAGACAGAGAGAGGAGCAGUGGGCGAGAUAGGAGAGGUCUGCAGUGUUAUGUGGGUCAGCUCCCUGGCCAUGGAUCGAACUCAGGCCUCCGAUAUCUUGAUAGCACUGAAAGUAACCCCUAUGCCACCAGGGAGGCCCUAAUACUUGUUUCUAUAAGAGAAAGAGUGUAAUAAAGAUACUAAUGCAAGAAAAUCUACAGAUUGUCGGUAUGGAGAAAAUGAGAAACUGUAUUUUUGCUGACGAACUGUAGGUCAUACAUGAAUGUCUAGAGAGACAUUCAAAAUUCGUAUAGAGCGCAGGGUAAUUCCUUCUUGUAAGGAACUGUCGUGUGUGUUGUAAGAUGUUCUGCUCACACACUAAGUGCCAGAAGCACUUCCUCCUACCCCAAUUACAGAAGUCCCUCCUCCCCCAAAUCUUACCAGAUCUAUUCUUUUCAAAGCAUCUCCUUUGCUGUCCUGAGAGGAUUCAUAGAUAAUACAAUCUACUCACACAUACACACUUCUUUAAGAAAAUGUAGUGCCCUAUUACAACAGAGAAACAAAGGGAAAGAAUUUUGUAAUGAGAUAAAAAAGAAUUUCAAUAGGUAAAUACUCAGGCAGGAUUAUCCUGUCUGGCAUCAUAACAGUGAAAUAGGCAUUGACUUCUACUUUUACUGAAUAGGUUUGGAUUUAAGAGUCGAUUAGAGGCUACUUUCUGUAAAGAAAUACAGGAAAGUGAAAAAUAUUAGCGAUAGGGGUCACACCAGAAUGAAAACCAGCCUUAGGGUAAGUCCUAACAGACCCUAUAACUGAUCUGUACAUGGUAAGGGAAAGUGUGAAAGUAGCUUAAUUGAAAUAGGAUAAUAGGACAAUACAUAUUACAGAUUGUCUAAGAGGAAAAAAAUAAAAUUGUAUUCUCUUAGAUGAACUGUAGGUUCUACAUAAGUGUCCACAGACGUUACUGUAUACAGAAUACUUCUUCGUUGUAUGGGACGAACCCAUACACUUCGGUUAUCCCCAGCUGCAUUCAGUGAUAACCCCCAAGUGUGGUGAAAACAACAGCCCAUCCAUUUCCAUGAUACUACAGUGAGAACCACUAACAAUGGUAACUACCAUCCUUAGAUUAGCUUAAUUGCUGCUUCUACAAGGAGGUUCUUCUGGACUUCAGGCCAGAUGCUUGCUUGCUUUCCAAACGCCAGAUUUACAAAGUAACUUUGCAUCUUGCUUUGUUCAUUGGGAGGCUCUACCCAGCUGUAAGUUGUUUGCUUUCUGCAUUAGAAUGUAAGCUCCCUGAGGGUGGAGCCAGCCUGUCUUUAUUCUCUGUGCAACCUCCAAUAAAUAAGCUGAGCUUUUGAGAUGCUAAUACGUGGAAAUGCUUUGUUGAGUAGAGUAAGCUCAAUUACUUACACCUUAAUAGUUGUGCUGCAUUUCUUGUCCUUCUUCAAACCUUACUUGAGACGAUCUAAUAAAAGGAAAUAAAUACAAAUUUUGCUCUGCUGUCUUUAUUCGG